GGGAGAGUGUGUUUUGAGGAGAAAAACGGCGCGCGUUUAGCGGAAGAAGAUUGACACGUUCUCAGCAAACAACACAACACGAGCGCGUCGAUCUCUCCCGCCACCUGCUGGCUGCUCAAGCACAGUUCUACUUGGUGCUGUGACGUCACCAAAUGCCGGUUGGACUUGUUCGAAGUGGAACCAGCGGCUCCUGAGCAGGAAGUGCAGCAGCCGCGUGAGAACGCUCGAGCACAGCAGCAAAGAGAAGAGUGAAGACGCGCUGCCGUCGCUGUGGACGAGCCUCCGCCAAACACGUGUUUAGCUACCUUCAUCGGCACAGCGAGACCAGUCUGACCCGAGCCUAACACGUGCCACUGACUGAGUCGAUGGUCAUUGAAAAUGUACGCCGGAGUUGUAUCUCGCUGCCGCAGUCAGUGCGCGUGCGGGGCUGGCUCAUCUGUGAGGACAUGUGGGUUCGUCAGGAUCGGUUUAGCCCAGAAGUGAGGGUGAAACCUUCAGCAUAGCUGGGCUCGGUUCUGAUACUCGUAAGGACGAGGGUGUGCGUGUGCGUUGAAACGAUCCAAACGCGAGAACGUUUUCGGUGGUGAACACUAGGGGGCGCAAGUUUUUACGUGUCAGGUCAGUCGUUUCUGUUUUCGCAACGGUCUCAGAUCAAGCAACCGAACUUUGGGGAAGCGGCGCUGCAGGUGCGAGCAGGCCUUUCUUUGAGCUGAUGCCGAUCUAGUGUGUUUUGUGACCCCAAAGCAGCGCUACAGGGUGUGUUUGCACUUGCUCCGAAACAGUCCGCCGUGGAGGAAAAGUGGACCUGGACUGGGUCGGAGAGUCCCAGUGCCAGGGCUUCGUGUCGCCAGGAGUCUGACGGACAAACUCCACACCGCCUGAUCCGGACACUUCCCCUCGCACGCGGUCCUUCAAAAUAAAAGCAUACAAACCAAACGCCUGCAUGUUCGCUGCGGGUGGGCGCGCGCGCGCGCGUGCGUUUCCUACGAUCACGAUUCCUGGAAAACUCAUUCGAUGUCGCUAUGUCUUCACGGUGUGUGCGUUUGGCUGUCAUGGCCGCCGCGGUUCUGCUGGAAGGAAUUUCCUCGGGGUUUCCAGCUGGGCGUGUCUGGCCACCGGAGGCGUGGCCGAGAGUCCGGAUUCUCCCCGGCGGGACUUCGGUCUGGUCCGGCCAGAAAGACUGCGCUGCUGUGACAUGGCCGACGCUCUGCUGCUGGACCUGGUACACGGCUGCUGCGCGUCCCCGCGAGGCCUGUCAGUCACGGACGCGCGCGUCUUCCUGCUGCGCGGGAAACACGAGCGGGACUUGAACAAGCCGCCGGGGAGCGCGCGCGUGCUGGACUGCGAGUCCACCGCGGAGGGCUUGUUCCGCUUGAAGCAGAUUCUGGACCAGCUGGACUUGAAGUCGGUCCAGGUUGUGACCAGCCCGCGGGGACGGGACCGGCUGCGUCGGUACCUGUCGCUGCUCUUCACGGACGUGUACGAGUUCUCCUUCCUGGUGGAGUGCGCCAGCUGCUCGGGCCACGCCCACCCGGACCGACCAGCCCAGGUAGAACCGGAUGCAGAGAAAGAAGUGGCCGAGUACCUGCACGAGUUGCCGGCUCUGAAGGGUCCCGUCUCGGUUUUGACGUCGUCGCUCAUCCCAGACCUCUUCGGCCAUGGCUUCAGCUGCAGGACCGGAGGCGUCACUGACAUCGCCACGCUGUCGGCUCUCAACCUCUUCAGCAGCCGCCAGCGCCGAGACCCUCCUGCCGUGGUGCAGGAGAACCAGCGGCGCCUGGCGCUCCACGCGGGCUUCCACCCGAGGCCCCUGCUCAUGCUCAAGGUGGAACACUCCAACAGGGUCUGGGUUCUGGGACGAGAUGAACCAGAACGGUUCGACGCCAUGGUGACGGACCGGGCCGGCGUGGUUCUGGCGGCUCCGGGCGCCGACUGCAUCCCCAUCCUGUUGGCAGACCCGGUGACCCGAGUCAUCGGGGUGGCUCACGCUGGCUGGAGAGGAACGCUGAUGGGCGUUGCCGUGGCGACCGUGGAGGCCAUGGUGACGGGGUUCGGUUGCCGGGUCCAAGACCUGCUGGUGGUGCUGGGCCCGUCCGUGGGGCCGUGCUGCUUCAGGCUGGACCGGGAGAGGGCGCUGGACUUCCACCCCGACUGCGUGGCCGACCCCGGGUCUGAGCGGCCGCACGUCAACAUCCGGCUGCAGAACAGGAUCCUCCUCCAGAGGGGCGGGGUUCUGCCGGAGAGGAUCCACGACGACACGGUGAGCGGCCGCGCCGGCGUCACCCUCUGCACCUCCUGCCACCCGCAGCGCUUCUUCUCUCACGUCAGAGACGGACCCAACUUUGGGACCCAGGUGGGUUUCCUGUGGAUCAAAGAGAGGCCGGAGCCGGAGCGGCCUGCAGGGGGCGCCGCAAGCUGACGCGACUGUCUGACGUCAUGGCCGCUGAAAAACACUGCUGCAGUUUGUGUGUCGGGCCACCAGGGGGCAGGCUCUUCCGCACUUCUGUCCACACUGUGGUGAAUUAAAACGCGUAUCUCCUCACCUGGCUGGUCACACCUGAGCUGAGGGGCGGGCGGGCUCCCACUCUCCUGAUCAGCCCAGACUUUGCUGUGUGUAGCGUGGGACGUUAGAGCAGGUGUGCGGCGGAUGGUGGAGGAGCAGAAGCUGGACAGAUGGAGGCCCCGGCGCGGCGAGGAGGAGGCGGAGACUUGGAGCGGCCAGUGGCCUGGCGCGGGCGCUGCUGAG